CUCAAACUCAGCUCUCUCUCAGUGAACUCACAUCUGCUCAGGAUCUGCUGCAGACGAUGUUUACUGUGAUUUUACUCCAUGAUUUCACCGAAGAUGGUCGCGGCACACACCUCCAGCCACCCGUCUGCAUCUGCUGACUGGAUCGUCUGUCUGGAUAAGAGACCAGAGGAGCGUUCAGGGGAAGACGUGGACAUAAUCAUGGUGCGUCUGAAAAGUGUGAAGGCCUUCGAGAAGUUCCACCCACCUCUUCUUCAGCAGAUCUGUCUGUGCGGCUUUUAUGAAUGUCUGGAGAAAGGCAUCACUCUGUACAGGCAGGGUGACAUCGGCACUAACUGGUACACCGUCCUGUCCGGUUCUCUAGACGUCAAAGUCUCCGAAACAGCAAACCAUCAGGAUGCGGUCACCAUCUGCACGCUGGGCAUCGGCACUGCUUUUGGAGAGUCUAUCCUGGAUAACACACCCCGCCAUGCCACCAUCGUCACCCGAGAGUUCAGCGAGCUGCUGCGGAUCGAGCAGAAGGACUUCAGGAACCUGUGGGAGAAUUAUCGUCAGUGUAUGGCUGGUUUGCUGGUCCCUCCCUAUGGUGUUAUGGACAGCGGCCCAAACGCUGACAGAAUGCCUGACAAAGAGAAUCUGAGCAACAGUUCUCCUGGACUAUCACCCAAGCACUUAAAUAAGAAAUCAUUCAUUGAAAAUCCCAUCAAAGUUCAUCCCAAACCCAUUAAUCAGGUGCCGUCAGAGAAGAUACUUCGGGCAGGAAAAGUGCUACGAAACAUCAUUUUAUCUCGAGCGCCUCAUAUGAUAAGAGACAGGAAAUACCACCUGAAGACGUACAGGCGGAGCUGCAUCGGCACUGAGCUCGUUGAUUGGCUGUUGCAGCACACAUCAUGUGUUCACUCUCGUGUUCAGGCUGUAGGGAUGUGGCAGGUGCUGCUGGAGGAGGGAGUGCUUAACCACGUGGACCAGGAGCCGACUUUCCAAGAUAAAUAUCUGUUUUAUCGCUUUCUGGAUGACGAAAGUGAGGAUUCAGGAAUGCCGAGUGAGGAAGACAAGAAGGAGAGUGACGAAGAGCUGCAGGACACGCUUCUGCUGCUGUCUCAGAUCGGCCCUGAUGCUCAUCUGCGGAUGAUCCUGCGCAAACAACCCGGCCAGAGGACGGUCGAUGACCUGGAGAUCAUUUAUGAGGAGCUGCUGCACAUUAAAGCCUUGUCCCAUCUCUCCACCACUGUGAAGAGGGAACUCGCUGGUGUUUUAAUAUUUGAGUCGCAUGCGAAAGCAGGCACAGUGUUGUUCAAUCAGGGUGAAGAAGGGACGUCCUGGUACAUCAUCCUGAAGGGCUCCGUCAAUGUGGUCAUCUAUGGAAAGGGUGUGGUGUGUACUCUACAUGAGGGUGAUGAUUUCGGGAAGCUGGCUCUGGUGAAUGACGCUCCUCGGGCCGCCUCCAUCGUGCUGAGAGAAGACUUCUGCCACUUCCUCAGGGUGGAUAAAGAAGACUUCAACAGAAUCCUCAGGGAUGUGGAGGCAAACACUGUCCGUCUGAAGGAACAUGAAGAGGACGUGCUGGUUUUGGAGAAAGCUAACAACAGGAGCUCCAGUUCUUCUCCUCUCAAGUACACUGUGAUGUCAGGAACUCCAGAGAAGAUUCUGGAGCACCUUCUGGAGACCAUGAAACUUGAUUGCCAAUUCUCAGAGUCAGAUCCUGCUCUGGAUGACUUUCUGCUCAUGCACUGUGUUUUUGUCCCGAACAGUCAGCUGUGUCCACUGCUCAUGACCCAUUAUCACGCUCAGGCGUCCCAGGGCAGUGAACAGGAGCGGAUGGAUUACACUCUCAAUAACAAGCGCAGGGUGGUGCGUCUGGUGUUACAGUGGGCCUCCAUCAACACGGACCACCUGCAGGAGGAGGACAGCUCCUUCAGCUUCAUACAGGAGUUUUAUGAGAUGGUGUGUGAAGACUCCAGGCUCACUCCAGCCCUGAAGGACCAUCUGCCCGAACUGGAGAAGAUCAUCAAGCAGAACUCAGAUGACGGCAGACCCUCUCAGAAAAAGCACAAAGUCCUGCUGCGUCAGUUCAGCACAGGGAACGACAGGCUUCAGAAGAGACAGCCCAUCAAAAGCACAGACGAGAUCCUCUUCAAGGUGUACUGCAGUGAUCACACCUACUCUACUAUCCGUGUGCCCGUGUCUGCAUCCGUCAGAGAGGUCAUCGCUGCUGUAUCCGACAAACUGAGCUCAGGAGACGAUCUGCUGCUCAUCCAUCUCAACUCAGCUGGAGAUAAAGAGCUUCUGAAGCCGUCUGAUGUUUCCAUCUUCUCAUCUCUCAGCAUUAAUGGCCGUCUGUUCGUCUGCCCGAGGGACCAAAUCGACUCUUUGACGCCGCUGCCCGAGCAGGAGGGACCGUCUGCAGGCUCCAUGUCCACGUUUGAGCUCAUGAGCUCUAAAGAUCUGGCCCAUCAGAUGACCCUCUACGACUGGGAGCUCUUCCACUGUGUGCAUGAGCAUGAGCUGAUCUACCACACGUUCGGCCGACAUCAUUUUAAGAAGACCACCGCCAAUCUGGACCUGUUCCUGCGGCGCUUCAAUGAGGUGCAGCUGUGGGUGGUGACGGAGGUCUGUCUGUGUCCCGCGCUCAGCAAACGAGUGCAGCUCCUCAAGAAGUUCAUCAAGAUCGCUGCACACUGUAAGGAGUUUAAGAACCUGAACUCAUUCUUUGCCAUUAUCAUGGGUCUGGGAAACCCUGCGGUCUGUAGACUCAGUCAGACAUGGGAGAAGCUGCCCAGCAAAUUCAAGAAGUUUUAUGGAGAGUUUGAAAACCUAAUGGAUCCCUCCAGAAAUCACAGAGCAUAUCGACUUACAAUGGCCAAGCUAGAACCCCCCAUCAUCCCCUUCAUGCCCUUAUUAAUUAAAGACAUGACUUUCACACACGAGGGAAACAAGACCUUCACUGACCGACUGGUCAACUUUGAGAAGAUGAGAAUGAUUGCAAACACAGUCAGAAUCAUAAGAUACUGCAGAAGUCAACCAUUUGAUCAGGAAGCUCCGCAGGCGACGGGUAAAAGCCAUCAGGACGUGCGCACUUACGUCCGCCACAUCAGCGUGAUCGAUAACCAGCGCAGUCUAUCACAGCUGUCCCACCGUCUAGAGCCCCGGCGGACAUGAAAACCCCACAGCUUCACCUCCACCUCAGCCAGAAGAUAAGCUAGAGCAACACAGCAGCCAAACACAAGGGCUUUUCCCCCCCGCGCCGGCUUGUCUCAAAGUGUGGCUUCGUCUCGGUGUGCGGAUCUGCAGGCUUUCUCAUAUUCUGCCACGAAAGACGAAGAAGACGAUGCUGAUUCGAGAUGCUGCUUCUCUUUAUUUACAGGUUUCUGAACAGUUUGACACCAUACACUAAUAUUGGCAUCCUUGGUAAAUAAGAGGAAAGAAUGAUUUGGAAAAUGUUGUUUUAUGUUUAAUGAUCUUUUCAACGCAGGCUCAUUCUGAAAACGUAAUCCCAUGGACAUUUCUGGAGACCGCGAAAUACGUCCCGGGAGGUACCUAUUUUUGCAGUUUUUGUUUUUUUGAAUCCACGAGAGGCCGCUGUGUGCGCUUUUUCACAUCUCAAAUGUCUCUCGCGAGUGCCCUUCACACCCACGCUAUUAUCGCGUAAACCCACCAGAGGGCGCUGUCGUACGACCAUCUGUGUGACUGACUGAAUGAUUUACUGAGCGACCCACCCUCCUCCUUCCCUAAACCCAACCAAUUUUGCCAAUUGACCUGCCCACCCAUUUACUUCCCUAAACCCAACCAACAAUUUACAAAAGCCGUCCAGAAAAAGAAAAGCCCUCUUCUGAUUUUUAUCACUUUUUCGGAUUUUAUCGCUGGCUUGGGUUUCCUCCGGGGGCUUAAGUAUCCCCCACAGCCCGAAGACAUGCACUAGAGGUGAAUUGAAUAAUCUAAAUUGGCUCUAUGUGUGUGAAUGUGAGUGUGUAUGGGGUUUCCCAGUACUGGGUUGCAGCCGGAAGGGCAUCCGCUGUGUAAAACAUAUGAUUCAUAAGUUGGCGGUUCAUUCCGCUGUGGCAAUGAGGGACUCAGCCGAAGGAAAAUGAAUGAAUGCAUGCACAGAGCUAAAGACACUUAAUGAGAGUUGUUAUCAGUAGCAUGCACAAACUCGUAAUCAUAUUCAUGGCAUGUCAUCGUGAUUAUGGAGGUGUCAUGAACACCCCCUUCAACUAAAGUCUUAGCAUGAAGCCCCUACCCUCUUUUAAAAGCAAACAUUUGAUUUUUUUGGUUUUAUUUUGAACAAAAGAUCAAUGAAGCUUUCUUUGCUCCUGUUUACCAAGGCUGCUAGUAUUAACAGAGGACACUGCGUGUUGUGUGUUUGUUUUUUUUUAUUAGAGUUUGGAAUCAUGAGCUUGAAAGUGAAGUUUUUUCCUGUCUGAGUUUUAUGAGACCUCUUUUCAUACUUUGAAGGAGAUUAAGAGCGUAUUAGCUGUACUGCUGGACACAGUUUGGGGUCAGAUGAGUUAAAAAGGAAUGUUUUAAAUUAUUAAAUGGAUCAAAAAUGAGUAUUUAAUAAAGUAUAACUGUCUAUUGAUCAAAGAAUGCCAAAUGUGUCACCGUUCCAACAAAAAUCUACACAAAAAUGUAAGAAACACUACGUUUUUUGUUUUAUUUUUGGAAAUAGGCUCAUUUUACAGCUCACCUGGUGUUAAACAAAUUGUUGAAAUUUACCAUUUUUUGUCUGGCAGGAGCAUUUUUAGCGUAGCUUAGCAUAGAUCAUUGAAUCGGAUUAGACCAUUAGCA